AUGAACCUCCCUAUUCUCGAAAAAAACAAACUUCGAUAUGCUGUAAAGAACAAGUCAAAGAAGCGGCCUCGUGUAAAACUGGAUCAAAAUGCCUUGAUCUUGGACCUGCUUAAAUAUGUUCAGGUUAAGGGAAGUGGAAAUGGUGAUGGAGGGGAUUCAAAUGAUAAGGAAGAACAUGAAAGCAACACCGACCACUCAGACUGA